GCACCGUCAAUCUCUGCGAUUUUGCGGCGAAUUUGAUCGAUGCAGAGGUGGGUCUCACCUUGUACCCGACGCUAAGUGCCCGAAUUAGAUGAUGUCUCCGCAUUCGACGUGUUCGCACUGGGAAGAUACAUUUCAUGGCGCGACAGAAGUAUAAAUUUUAUUUCCGAUACGAAGCUUUCACAGCAAAAUUCCUGUGAACCGUGUUUUUGAUCACGUUUUCAUGCUCUUGGGGCUUGGAUUUGGAGCAUGGUGUGUGCGCGCUGUGACGAGAGAUCGAAGUUAAGACAUGGGUUCCGGAAGCUUUUUGAGUGCAGCGCUCCUCUUGGCGUUGAUGUGUGUUGUUUCAGGUGAUCGUAUACACUCUGAUUCUCCGACGAGUUCGCGGUUUCCGCAAGGGCAAGCUGAGCGGUUGAUCAAGGCGUUGAACUUGGUUCCGGGUGCUUCAGAUGGACCUGGUGUGGACGAGAUGCUCGGUGGAGCUAGGUUGCAGGAGAGGAGGAUUAAUUUGAACAUCGAAGGGGAUGCUGGGAUUAGUACCGAGGAGCUUGGACAGUAUGCUGGAUACUUCAAGCUGGCGAGGACGCAUGCUGCAAACAUGUUCUACUUCUUUUUCGAGUCGCGGGGGAACAAGACAGACGACCCUGUAGUGCUGUGGAUGACCGGCGGUCCAGGCUGUGCAAGUGAGCUUGCUUUGUUUUACGAGAAUGGUCCGUUCAAGAUCACCGACAAUCUUACGCUUGUCUGGAAUGAUUUUGGAUGGGACAAAGUGUCGAGCAUUAUCUUUGUGGAUCAACCUGUAGGAACUGGCUUUAGCUACAGCACUGAUAUUCGUGAUAUUCGUCACGACGAGGAGGGAGUGGGUGAAGACAUGUAUGACUUCUUUCAGGCUUUCUUUGCUGCACACCCUGAAUAUGCGAAGAACAAGUUUUUUGUUACUGGGGAGUCUUAUGCAGGCCACUACGUCCCUGCUGUUGCUGGACGUUUCCACAAGGCGCUGAAGAACAAGGAAGGUGUUCCCAUCAACUUGAAGGGAUUCGCAAUUGGAAACGGUCUUACUCAACCUGACAUUCAGUAUGAAGCGUAUGCUGACUACGCCCUGGAUAUGAAUCUUAUUACGGAGGAUGAUUACAACAAGAUGAGCAAAUUGUAUCCAGCUUGUGCCGCAUCAAUCAAACUCUGUGGUCCAAAAGGAACAAUUGGUUGCCUUGCUGCUUACUUAGUCUGCCAGAGUAUUUUCAACUCUAUCUUGGCAGUUGCUGGAAACAUCAAUUACUACGAUGUGAGGAAGGAGUGCCAAGGCUCUCUUUGUUAUGACUUCUCUAAUCUGGACAACUUCUUGAACAACGCCUCAACGCGAGAGGCCUUAGGCGUUGGAAACCGGAAGUUUGUGUCAUGUAGUCCUUUGGUGUAUGAAGCCAUGAUUGUGGAUUGGAUGAAGAACCUUGAGAAGGGGAUUCCGGAGCUUUUGGAGGACGGAAUUGAGCUUCUUGUCUAUGCGGGAGAAUAUGACCUGAUUUGCAAUUGGUUGGGGAAUUCUCGGGGGGUAACUGCUAUGGCCUGGUCAGGUCAAGUAGAGUAUCCCAAGGCCGAUUGGAAAAAUUUUGAAUUUGAUGGCGCAGAACCCGGUUUCACAACGGGCUAUGGACCUCUGCAAUUCCCCAAGGUAUCCUUCCCUGUGUCCAUCUGAUUUAGAAUAGGGGCUUUGAAGGGGCUUGACUCGUAACCAUUGAAAGCUUUUACUAACCUUUGGAUUUUCCGUUGAUUACAAUUUUUACACCUACUUCAAAGGGGGUUCCCCCCCCCCCCCCCCCCCUUUGUUUUUCCUUUUUUCUUUUUCCUUCAUUUUUUUUAACCUCAUUUUACAACGAUCUGCAACCUACGACAAUAAUUGCCCUGAGAAAUUCCUACCUGGGUUAGCACUGUGGGUUCUUGUGAUCCUGCUGAUUAUGUGGAUGGAUCCUCUUCUUAUAUUCAACUUCCAGGAUUGUUCCAAAUAAGUUGCUGAUGUUCUUGAAUGGUGUGCCAUACUAGGUACAUGAUGCCGGUCACAUGGUACCCAUGGACCAACCCAAGAACUCGCUUGAAAUGCUGUACCGCUGGACCAGAGGAAAGCCACUUGGUGAUAAAGCCUCCAAUGUAACUAUACUGAAGAAAAUUCCCAGUAAAGGAAAUUUGUACACAAAUUCAGCUUGAACCACUGUCACUUGCUGUAGGGAUCGCUACACUGACUUAUAAGAUGUAGAAUUCAUGUAUAGGUACUUGUUCAAUUUUCUGGAUCCUGUAUUAAGACCUACUGAACUAUAUUUCUUAAUAUUCAGUAGUUUUUUAUUCAUAUCUUUCUGUUCAUUAUUGUAUCAUAAAUGCACAAGCCAAUUCUUAA